AUGACCUGGAAACCUCUCGCCAAAACAAUCCACCAUGUCCACUAUGAGACAGACAAUACCUUCUAUACCUUUUCUAAAGAACACAAGCCAUCCCUCACAGUCGACUCAGGUGCUGAAGUGAGCUUUGACAAUACCCAUGCUGGAUUCGUGAACCUCACCAGAGACUCAACCACAGCCGAUGCUGUUGCAUUGGAUAUACAAUCCCCAAAAGAUUUGGAGAAGCUCAUAGGGCAACUCUAUGUGAAUGGCCCAGUAUAUGUGAAUGGCGCUGAACCCGGCGACAUUCUCAAAGUUGAAAUCCUCGAAUUGCAGACUGGUAGUUGGGGAUGGACUGCUGUCAUACCCGGAAUGGGUCUGUUGCAAGACGAAAUACCCGGACCGCACAUCAUGACCUUUGAUCUUCCCGAAAGCCAAGACUACGCGGUAUUCAAACCUGGCAUUCACAUCCCAUGCCAACCAUUCUACGGCACCAUGGGCGUGGCCCCAGCUGAAGGCGAGCAGUUUGCUCUGUAUCCGCGCAACGACAUCGGCGGAAACUUUGACUGUCGCUAUCUGGGUCAAGGUUCAACAUUGUUUCUCCCGGUCAACGUUCCUGGAGCCUUAUUCUCCGUUGGGGAUGCGCAUUUCUGCCAAGGAGACGGCGAAAUUUGCUGCACUGCGUUGGAGACGACUAUGCGAUCACGAAUGCGAUUGAGUGUUAUCAAGGGCAAAGGGAAGUUGGCUGGUCCUCACUAUGAGACAGAUCCUGAGAGGGUGAAACAGAUGGUGAGCGUUGCUAGCAAGGGAGAACAUGGCGCACUCAUAACAGGUACCGAUCGCGACACGGUUGUCAAGCAGGCUGUGAGGGAAAUGAUGAGGUGGCUGGAAGAAGAAAAGGGACUGACGCAGGUGGAGGGUUACAUGCUGUUUAGUAUUGUUGGUAAUCUCAAGAUGAUGCAUGAGAUUGGGCUUGGCGUUUAUACCGUGUCUGCAAGCAUUCCGCUAGGGAUUUUUGUCGACUAA